UAAUAGUUUUUAAUUUCAACAUUUCAGAACUGAACUGCUUUCGUAACAGCACAACUACUAAAAAUGGAAGUGAAGACCUGAAAAACUGGUGUGGUGCUGGGUGUGGGUUAGCUCUCAUUCUGACUUGUGUUGUGACUUAGUUGCCCUGGCUUCGUGCGUAUUCCUUCUCAUGACUUUCUGAUAGCAGGCUGUGUAUAAAGGGAAUUGCUGGAGCAAGCAAUGGAGCUUAAUGGAACUCUGGGCAAACACGGUCUGGAAGGUGAUCCACACCUGAGUUUCCUGCUCAAUGGAGGAGAGCUGACCAAGGUGAAAUCCAACAAAUGGAAGAAGAAGCGCCUCUUCAAGCUGGAGGAGGACGGCCGAACGCUUCGGCAGGCGCCACACAAGGGCUUCAAGAGACACCGCACCUUUUCCAUCGAUGACAUCGAGUCGAUCCGUAGUGGCCGGCUUACCGAAGGCCUGCAGAAGUACACAGACCCCAUGUGGGAGGAUCGCUGCUUCUCCAUCAUCUUCAAAGGCAAACGCAAGAACCUCGACCUGGUAGCGGAAAAAGGAGAGGACGCUCAGAUGUGGGUGAUGGGGUUGCAGAAGGUCAUCGACAACAUGGAGAACCUCAGUUCACAACAGAAAAGUGAACACUGGAUCAUCAGUUGUAUGAAGAAGGCGGACAAAAACGGUGACAACAUGAUGACCCUGAAGGAGGUGAAGAGCUUCCUGAAACAGAUCAACGUCGAGAUGGAUGACACGUACGCUGCCGAAUUGUUCGCGAAAUGUGACACAUCAAAUUCAAACACUCUGGAGGGAGAAGAGAUUAAGAAAUUCUAUGACCUGCUAACAGAGCGUCCUGAAAUCAACACGAUCUACAGGACGUACGCUCAAACCGGUGGUCAGAUGAGUGUAGGAGAUCUGCACAAUUUCCUUCAGAGGGAGCAACUGGAAAAUGUGUCAAAUGAGGAUGUGAAGAAGCUUAUAGACAAACACGAGCCAGAUCUUACAGCCAAGAAGAAUGAACGCAUGACUAAAGAUGGCUUCCUGAUGUACCUGAACGCCAGGGAAGCUUUGAUCCUCAACCCCGCCCACAUUAACAUUUACCAGGAUAUGACGCAACCACUCAAUCAUUACUUCAUCUCCUCAUCUCAUAACACCUACCUGAUGGAAGACCAGCUCAAAGGGCCAAGCAGUACUGAGGCCUACAUCAAAGCGCUGUUAAAGAGCUGCCGCUGCGUGGAGCUGGACUGUUGGGACGGACCAGACGGAAAGCCGAUCAUCUAUCACGGACACACCCUGACAUCCAAGGUGCUUUUUGAGGACGUCAUCAAGGCCAUCAAGAAUUACGCUUUUAAAACGUCUGAGUAUCCAGUAAUCCUGUCUCUGGAGACGCACUGCUCAGUAAAGCAGCAGAAAGAUAUGGCUGAACACCUGAAGACAAUCCUGGGUGAUGCUCUUCUCACACGUCCUCUGGGGACAGAAGUUCCCACCCGCUUGCCCUCACCUGAGGAAUUAAAGAGAAAGAUCCUGAUCAAAGGCAAACGCCUUAACAAGCUGGACGCAGCGUUUAACAACAACAACACGGAGGACGUGGGCACCGUAUCUGAAGAAGACGAAGCCGCCGAAGCCAAACCGGAAGGAGAACAGGACGCCAAACCAAAGGAUCCUAAGAAAAAAAAGAUCAAUCUUGCUAAAGAGCUGUCUGACCUGGUGAUCUACUGCAAGAGUGUCCAUUUUACCAGCUUCGAGCAUUCACGUGAGAAACAGGCCUGCUAUGAGAUGUCCUCCUUCAAGGAAAGCAAAGCCAAGAAUCUGGCAGAAACGUCAGCAACCGGAUUUAUCCACCACAACAUGGAGAAGCUGAGCAGAAUUUACCCUGCGGGCUCCCGGACAGACUCGUCCAACUACAAUCCUGUGACGAUGUGGAACGCCGGCUGCCAAAUCGUGGCUCUGAACUUCCAAACUGGUGGCAAAGAAAUGGAUUUGAACCAAGGACGAUUCCUGCCUAACGGAAAGACCGGCUACGUCCUGAAGCCUGAGUUCAUGAGAAAACCGGACACUAAAUUUGACCCCAUCAGCCUCACACAAGGAAGCUGGUUAAAGACCAAAGACCUGCAUGUCAUGGUCAUCUCAGCACAGCAACUUCCCAAACUGAACAUAGAUAAAGCCAACUCCAUAGUGGACCCCUUUGUCAAGGUGGACGUCUUCGGCGUGCCAGGGGACCGGAAAAGCGCACAGACGCCCUACAUCAAUAAUAAUGGCUUCAAUCCGAUGUGGAAUGAAAACUUCAAGUUCACCGUUCAGGUGCCGGAUUUGGCCUUAGUGCGCUUCCUGGUGAUGGAUCAUGAUACUGCGUCACAGAAUGACUUCAUUGGGCAGUACACGCUACCUUUAACCAGCAUGCAGAACGGAUACCGCCACAUUCCUCUGCUUACAAAAAGCGGCGACAUCAUGCCUUCAGCGAAACUCUUUGUCCACAUCAUGGUUAAGGACUCCUGAAGAAGAUCGAACAGUCUCCAAGCACUCACCUGUUCCACGAGAAUCAGAGCCGCUCCUGCAGAACAAGGAAGACGUCCAUGUGCGUGAUGACAUUCCGACCUGAAUGAGAUCAAGCGAUAGUUCAAUGUAUGUAUAAAAUGUGGAGUAAAGGGUCACUUUUUAUUUUCAAUUAUUUUAUUUUUUUUAUUCUGUACACUGUACUUUUUUCCCUCCUAGAUACACAUAUACAAAUGUAAAGAUUUAUUAUGAAAAUCCUCCAACUGACUGUGUGUGUCCGGUUCAUGUGCAAUUGUUUUUUAAAUGUUAUUU